CCGUAACACCUGAAUCCCUUAUAUCUCGCCUUUGCCCACCUUCCUCCAGCUUGCAAUUCCGUGGAUGCAACCAAUGGCCGCCGGGUGAAUGUGAUAGGAUAGCUAGAAGAAUAGCCGCCGCGCGUACGGAGAGAGAUGGGAAGGCUGCAGGAGCAUUUCUCCUCCAAUGCCGGCGAUACGUCGCCCUUCCUCGGCCCGUCUCCGCCGCUCUUCGGUUGCGACUCGUCAUCCCCUUCGCCGCUGCUGCUUCCGGCGCCGCCCGGCGGGAAGAGGGGGUUCGGUGGGAGAAGGAGCUCCAGGCACGUCAUCGUGAAGCUCAUCUGCUCGCCCUUCGCUGCCGUCUUCAGGACCACGUGCUCCCCGCGUGCCCAUUCGAUCGGAGAUGACGAUGACCUGACAAGCGGGGCCGGUGACGAGCAAGAAGGGCAGGCGGCAAGGAGAAGGCCGAGGCUCGAGGAGCUGCUCAAGAUGGAGUCAGCGUCGUCGGAUCCCGAGGAGCUCAUCAAGAAGCCCACGGAGUUAGUACCUGCCGACAUGGACGACUCCUGGAAGGAGAGCGCCAUCGUGGUGUUUGAAGCCUUCGGGGACGAGAAAGACGACACGAGCCGCACCACCGGCGAAGAAGAAGAAGAGGAAGAGGAAGAAGAUGAUCAGCUGGAGUACGCCCUUCCUCCGGGGCGUCAGAUGGCGAUCGUGCGGCCUGCGGGUCUCGGCGUCAGCCAGACCGCGGUGGGUGGUGGCGCGGCUCUGAUGAACGUGAAGAGGCUCGUGCUCCUCCUUGAAGCCAUGCGGGCGCGGUCCAUGGCUCUCAAGGUGAAGGCGGGCUCGUCGUCGUCGUACUGGAGGCUGUCUGGGCCUGGGCCUGGGCCUGGUGGGCGUGCGGCUGACAAGAAGGCCGAUCAGUUGUUGUUCUAUGACCGGCCCAUCCCGUUGGGGCGGAGGUGCAGGGUGCAGCACCUGCAGGAGACCUCCCCUUAUCAGUGAUUGGUUUUCGCUUUCGAGUUGUUGUCUCUGCAUGGUUGGAUCGAUGGCCUACUGAAUAUGGUUGCCGAGUUGCUAAACGAACUUCGUCUGCGAUCAUAUAAAAAAUGAACAAUAAAAUAAACCAAAACAGUUUCUUUUUUGAA